AUGGCAGCCAACGAGCAAGGCCCCCCGAAGUGCUCUUUUUUCCAAGAGGGAUCUGUAUCCCAGCUGGAGUCUCUAGCUAUGGAUCAAUCCGAUGAGCAGGUUGCGUUGCACAGAUCUCGUAUCUUGCGGAAAUUGGACAUGCGCCUUGUACCUCUCAUGCUUAUUACCUAUGGUCUGCAAUUCCUCGACAAAGCCUUGCUUGGAUACGCUGCUGUUUUCACAUUUCGACAGGAUACCAAUUGCCACUCUAACGAUGAGCAGCAUCUACAUGGACAAGAAUACAGUUGGGUCGGAUCGAUCUUCUAUUUCGGGUAUAUGUUAUUUGAAUAUCCGCUCGCAGGCCUUCUUCACUCUUUCACCACUCCCCUAUAUCUUGGGUUCUUCAUAUUCGCCUGGGGAGUGUGUGUGGUCAUGACCAACUUCUGCGUCAGCUUUACUGGCCUUAUGAUCAAUCGAUUUGUCUUGGGUGCUUUAGAGUCUGUCGUUGCACCUUGCUUUGUGGUCAUCACAGCGGACUGGUAUACUCCAAAAGAGCAACCAAUCAGGCAGGUGCUUUGGUUUCUGGGAACUCCGGUCUUCGGCAUAUUUGGAGGUUUGUUAGGCUAUGCCCUUGGGAACACCCAUACUGAAGUUACUUCGUGGCGCUUGUUAUACAUCGUCUUUGGCUCCGUAACCGCACUUUGGGGCAUUUUCUUCGCAUACGCCUUUCCAGCAUCCCCUAGAGAGGCAUCAUUCCUGCCCGAUGAGGAUCGGGUGAUGUCAAUUCUGCGUAGUGAUUCAAUUGGACAAUCUGUUGAGCCAAAAUGGAAGUGGUCCCAAGUCAAGGAGGCCUUUUUAGACCUCAAGACAUACAUUUUCUUUACUAUUGGGAUUUUCAAUACAAUUCCAGCUGGAUCACUGUCAAACACUGACGAGAUCGGUGAUACAGUUUAG